AUGGUCAAUGGGAAUUCUGAUUCAUCUGUAGUAGUAGGUCACGAGCUCGUUCAAGUUGACCAACUUGGCCUUUCUAGAGAUCCAGUCGAUGACUCUACCAGGGAGAUCGACUGGGAAGGCCAUGAGCAAGCUCUGAAACCAUCGAGUUCUCCUAAGAGCACUCAUGGCUCUUAUAGUUUUGAGUUUUUUCCUCGAGAUGUCUCGGUUGAUGGGGAUCCUUUCGAGAGGAUGAUUUUCGAGCUCUUCACUGAUGUGGCUCCGAAGACUGCUGAAAACUUCCGUGCACUUUGUACUGGUGAAUAUGAAGAAAGUGUAUACGGCGAGAAAUUUCCAGCUGGUUUGUUGUCUAUGGCAAUUGCUGAUCGUGAUGAAAAGGGCUCAUUGUUUGUUGUCACCUUUAAGGCUGAUCAUCGUCUUGAUAGGAAAAGAGUUGUCUUUGGUAAACUUGUGGAUGGGCAUGAAAUGUUGAAGAAGAUCGAAGAUGCCGAAGAUGACAAGGGGAAACCUGCUGUGACAGUGAAAAUAGUCAAUUCUGGAGCAUUACAUGAUGAUAAAAAUAGGGAGAAUAACUUGAAAAUGGGGAAGAGUGCUGCAGAGCAAAAUAAUCACUCGGUAAAACGCAAGGGGAAGCACAAGAAAUCUUCAAAGAAAAAGAGGAAAAGAAGAAGAUAUUAUACCUCUGAAUCCGAUAGUUCGUCAGAUACUGAUAUUGAUUCAUCUGAUUCAGACACAGAUUCUGAAUCUGAUGCUUCCUCAUUAAGUGACACCAGUUCUUCUAGUGAUGAUCGACGUAAGAGACGGAAGAGAUCCAAGAGGGACAGACAUAGGCGUGCAAGAAAGAAGGAUAGGCGACGCGAGAAAAGACGAAGGAGGCGACACAAGAAGAAAAGGAAAUCUAAAAGGGAUAAUGCCUCGGACAGCGAGAGCGAUAAUAAUUCUGGAAGUAGCUCUCAAGAUGAUGUUGCAGUUGGAGCAUCUGAUGUCAAGCAUAAACGCUCUGACAAUCAAUCUCCUCUAGUUGAACGAGAAAAUGAGAAAGAUAAUCCUAAAAAAGGGGAUGGUGAAGAUACGCCAGCCAGGGAGGACGGUGACACUGCAAAAGAAAAAUGGGCACCAUCAAAAUAA